CAACAAAAUGGCGGCAAUGUUUACAUACAAACAGUCGAGUGUUCUUCGUGGUUCCUUGGUUUUGACUUUUGAUUUCUUUAUCAUUUAAUCCGCUUUUCUCUUCGAAAACACAAGAAUUCAACUAARCGUGGUGAGAUGAAUGCAUUUCCUAAGUGAUAAGGCUUUUCUGAACGGAGCUCAAGAUGGUUGACAACGAAAAAAUGGCAUCCCAAGUAAAGACGGCUCUGGCUGAAAUGGUUCUACCAGAAACUUUAGAUGAUAUAGAAGAAUACUUAAAGCCAGAAUUUCCACCAAGGUAUCAAGUACGAAAGACGAAAGAGGAAGAAGAUGAAGACGAAGUUAAUGGACGAAGGAUCGUUAUGGAUGGGUUUGGUAGAUGGAGAGAAAUCAGGCCAAGAAAAUAUAUACAAAAGAAAAAACUUAACUUAACUAUAGAUCAUAACCAACUUCCUCAAAUGAAAGAACUUUUUAGAAUAAAUUCCUCAGCAUCGGGUGGACAAGAGGACCAGUAUCACAUGCAUGAUAAUAAAUCAUUUACUUUUCCUGGACUGCRAUCAAGGUAUAAUGAGCAGCAUCAGACUACCAGGCAGCCGUCCAGGCAACCGUCCAGGCAAGGUAGAUCUUCACAGCUGAAACACCGAAAUUCAUCUGAAGAUGACUUUAUGUAUGACAGCCUUGGAAAGACGACCAGGUCGAAUGUUUUUCCAGGAAUCGGGAAACUUCAGUGGAACACCACAAYGGCCAGAACUUUCACAAAGCAACCAAUCACAGCAGUGAAUGAAAGAAAGAACUUCUUUGGUAUUCAGUCGGAUGAUUUUGGUGCAUGGUCGGCAGCUAAUGUUUUGAAUGAAAGAAUGAAAAAGGCAUGGGAAGAGUWCCUGGCAUCAGCACCAAAAGCAACAGCUAAUUGGAAUCCUCCAGCCACCCAGCAUGCUAUGCCRAAACCUCCACCACCCAAACCUAGUGCAAAGAAAAACCCACCCAAAACUAAAGUUAAAGCCAAAAAGGAGAAUAUAGUAACAGAACCUUAUCCGUUACAGGAACCCGACCCAGCAAGUGAACCCCAAGCUCAGCAAGCACCACCACCCUACAUACCAGCCGAYGAUGAAGAUGGAGAUGAUAACUUUUGGGAAUUCUAUGAUAAACCAUUUAAUAAGCCUAAAUAGUAACUAUAUUUUGUAUAGGAUAUGAGAUUAUUAUUUUAUUACUCUUUAAGGAAAUGAUAACUACAGAUGGUACUUGUAUAAUGGCUGAGAAAAUGAAAGUUAAGAAGAAAAAUGAUUUCCAUUCUUCAACUUAAUGUUCUCUGCUUUCCUUGCCUCAAAUAUAAAUGAGAAUAUUAAAAAUGGAUUGCA